AUGGGGCGUCAGCGGGGCCUAUUUUUGUUGGCCGCGGCGGCCGUGGCCUGCGGCGGAGCCCUCGCCCCCGCGGGCCCCCCUGCUGCUGCUGCUGCUGCUGCUGCUGCUGCUGCAGCAGGCAGCAGCUCCCUGGGGGAGCUCUCUGUGCGCGAACUCGCCAAACGCCUCUCAGUCACUGCUGACGAACAGACCCUCAGCAAAUGGCAGGCCGAAGUGGACAAAGCCGUCGCCGACUUCCAGGCGGAGCAGCGCCGCGGCUACCCCUGCGUGCCCACGCGCCAGUCGCUGCACUCCUCCGCCUUCUUCUCUCUCCAGGAAUUCCCCGGCGAAGAAUUUCAAUUCUUAAAAGCCCUCUCGCCGCAGGUCUUCGAACUCCAGGCCAACAGCAGACACGCCAAACACGUCGUCGACGCAGAUGUCUUCUUCAGGGAGGCGCAAGUCGUGGAAGACCCGCUGAAAGACGCAAACGGAAUGGUGGAGAAGGUGGAGCUGCUGCUGUCGCGGCUGAAGGCUGUGGGGCCGAAGCUGCGGGCCGACGUGGACGCCAUGGCUGCGAAGUCUGCAAAGACUUUGGAGUUUUUGAAGCAAGGAGUUGCUGCUGAGGACCUGAAGCUUCUCGAGAGCUUCGAAAGCAAGGCCACGGCAGAGCUCGAGGCGGCAAAGAAGGUGAGAGCCCUUUUGCUGCUGCUGCUGCUGCUGCUGCUGCUCUUCGCAGCGCCGCGGUGCCGCUGCUGCAGCAGCUGCUGCUGCUGA